GCGGUAGGCGCCGCGGGAACGUUGCGCGCUGGCCGGUCUACGCGAGGGCGUGACUCAGGACGCGUCGUGUCAAACUUCGGUGAACAGGCACCAACAACGAGCGCGGCAGUGCAGACUUUGACGCAUGGCCAAGACACAAACAUUUCCGUCGCUCUUUUUACUGAUUUCAGUAUCGGUCUUAUGAGUAACUAAAGCCGCGUAGUAUUCUGCGUGUGAAUAACAAUGACGCGUAAAGUAUUGAAAAUUAUCGAGAAAAUACAUAUGUACAUAUGGUGAACUACCACAAAAAUUAUUCUGAUCGCGUCUCAGAGCCAGAUAUAGGUUUGCACCGAUAUUUCCCCGCACACGUUCCGCCAGCACGCUUUAUUGACAAAUGUAACAGCAACAGGUGUGAAAAUUAUUGAAGACUUCCUAUCGUCCUGAAGUGUCGAAGACAUUGAUUGCCCAUACAUUCAUAGCUCGACCGUGAGACUUAAUUUUCAUUGAUUUGUUUAUUUGUAUUGUGCAAGACAUCCCUGGCUGAAUCGACGUGGCGAAUGUCCAAGAGAGGAGUGCAGUAUUUUCCCGACGCAGUUCCAGCUUUCACACAGAUAACAGGAUAAGGAACAAUGAACACAAGAGGUGAUGUCGAGAUCGCAACAGGGUUUACUGCAUGUAUUAGAGGCUCUUCCCAGUGACGAAAGCGUCCCGGUCGUUGAACGUAGCAAGAAGUGUCGGGGCCAUGCCUCCGGCUGCCACUCCCAGGGGAAUGGACGACUUACUGCAGGUGAACACGUUGCCGAGUCUGGACUCGAAUAACAACGCGGCCAGCAGCAGCGGCUGCAGCGCCGGGGGCGCGGUGGGCAGCGAGACGGGGGACUCCAAGCACAGCUCGCAGGACUCCGCCGGCGCCGCAGAGCCCAGGGACCCCGACGUCGUCACCAUCAAGUACUCGCUGCGGCCGCGCUCGUUGCAGAAGCGCCGCCUCAUCGUCGACGACGACGACGCCGACGACUUCGGCCGCUCGUGCAGCGGCGACGGCUCGACGGACGCGGCGUCGCCCGCGUCGGAGGACAGCGGUGGCGGGGGCGGCGGCGGCGGCCGCGGCAGGGGCGGCGGGGGCGGCAGGAGGGCCAAGCGGAAGCCGCCACCGCUCAGCAGGUACCGCCGCAGGACGGCCAACGCCAGGGAGCGCGAGCGCAUGCGCGAGAUCAACGCCGCGUUCGAGGCUCUGCGGCGAGCCGUGCCGCCCCACGCCGCCGCCUACCGCGCCGAAGACGCCGCCUCCGGCUUCUACACGGGCUCCGACGACGGCUCGGAGCACCAGCAGCGCUCCGGCGAGAAGGUCACCAAGAUCGCCACGCUGCGCCUCGCCAUGAGCUACAUCGCCGAGCUGACGCGCUCGCUGGAGGCGGUGUCGGCGUCGUCGCCGGCAGCGGCGCCGCCCCUGGAGGAGAGGCCGGAGCUGGCCGCGCAGGCGGCGCCGCUGCCGCCGGUGUCGACGCUGUGCCGCCCGCAGACGCUGCUGCUGCCGCCGCCCGCCGCUCCCGCCGCCUCCGCCACCGCCGCCGCCGCCUCCGCCUCGGCGGCCUUCCUGUCGUGCCUGACGCCGCCGCUGUCGCUGACGCCCUGCUCGUCGUCUGCACUGCCGGAACUGUGCGACGCGCUGACGCCCCCGGACCUGUGCGCCGGCCUCACCGUCGACCUGGCGCUCACGCCGCCCCCGGGACUGGACGAGCAUUGCUUAGCGCCCCACUGACCGCCCCCUUCACACUAGCAGCGUACAAGUGCACUUACCGAGUUACGCGACCCAUCUCGUCCGUCACACUUUCUUAGCGAACACUGCCAGCACCUAACUGGACUACUCACGCGUGAGCGCAAAGCAGAGUUGCAUAUGGCUCGAGACAGAAAACACGUUACGCAAUCUUCUUCCUAUGUAUAGCCGAAUGUCUUUCACUUUAUAGCGGAGUGCAGUCAUUUACGAAACUUCCUGGUGGAACACCGGCGUCUCUCUGCAAGGUUCGUGUGGUGACCAGUACGAGAUAACUCAUUCAGUAAGAACCUCGCUUAUGAAAGGCCAAGGUCGAGGCUGAGUCGCAGUACAGCACACACUUUUUAACUUUUUGCAAAUAUUCGUGUAGGGCUUUCCGAAAGUGAUUGUUUAGAGGUGUUAAAUAAUUUGGAAAAACCCCAUUUCUGCCAUCAGGUGUACAAUUUUACGUUUAUUUUCUACCGUAUUCCAUUAUUACAAUCAUUCUCAAGAAGAAAAACAUUUUACAAGGAUGGAUCAACGAUACGCAUCCUUCAUAUGCGAGCCAUACAAAUGUGAGACGUACACAGUUGUAAUAAUAGUCUGUCUUAACAUCGUCCAUUUGAACAUAUUGUCCCUGGGCGCCAUUACGUUAGUGUACAUGUGCUGAUAACUCCACAUUUUCUUACUGUUUAUACUUACCACUACAUGUCCAUUGCUGUAAUUGUGCCCAGGCACAAACUGUUUAUAUGGACUGUUAUUACAGUUACGUAUGUUCCCCAUUUGUAUGGCUGGUAUUAGACGCUGAUUCACUGAUGUACAACGUUUAUCUUCUUCAAGAUGACUGUAACAAUCGAAACUGGUAGAAAGUAAAAGUAAAAUUGUACAGCUGACGGCAUAAAUACGCUUUUUACCAACUUGUGUGUGUAUUUUAUCAUAAGGCCAACUAAGGAAGGAAUAUUCAUUGGAGAGGAAUGAGAAGUAAUUGGCCUCGAAGUUGUUUAGCGAACAACUUUAGCAUAGAUUUUUGUUUAUGCGAAUUAAGCAUUGUUGAACUGCGAGUUAAGCAUUGUUGAACUGAAGUCCAAUGUAUAAAUAUCAAUGAGAACAGCAUUCAGUAUUUAAGAGCGUGAUAUCUGUCUUUCAGAUUGUAUAAUUCAUGCACCCUUUUGCUUUUCACAGAGACAUCGUGUACACAUCACAAAGAACUGAUAGCACCGUUUGGGCUAGUUAAUCCCUCAACUAUACCGAAAGAGAUUUAUUGCCUGUGGAAGUACUAAAAGCACUUGUUCAUGCUAAAGAAGCUACUGCUACGAUAGCUGAACAAACAGCUCUCUUCAUCAAGGUCUAUAUUCCAUUAUACAUUCAGAACCGAGCACCUAAACACUCGUACGGAUGACAUUAAAAUUAAAUUUCCAGCGUGAAUUACACUAUGUGUACCUGUUACACAAUAAGAAGGAACUAACAUGAAUGUGUAUUGUAACGCUCAAAAGUUGCUAGUGUGAAAAAGGGGAGAUUGCCUGCGACGGAAUGCAGUUUUCUCGUACAGUUCAAACUGUACACAUUACUGUGUGAUUUGUGUCGCUGUAAGAAGAACAGCCAUUUCCUUACUGAUUCUUCAGCGUAGUGUAAAAAAAAUGGCCGUGGGUGCUAGUAUCCCACUGCGUAUCUGUACCAAUGUGCAAAGACUUCAGAUGGGCCUAAAACAAAGGCUGAACACUCACUACUUUAAAUUAUGUUGUGUUCUAGUUCAUGAGCGUAGACAUGACAUGUAAUGUUGAACAUUUAUCGUUAGAGUAAAACUCUUUCAUGACUGAUUCCUGUCUACCUUAAUAACAUGAGCCAUGCUGCAUUUGCUUCCCUUCUAAUAAAGAUAUUAUAUCCUACAA